AUGCAACAGAUAGUGGAGUCUGUUUAUAUGCUAUGUAGUCUACUUUUUAUCCUCGCGCUGGGUGGAUUAUCACAGCAUGAAUCUUCUAGAAAAGGGAAUUUCUUCGGAAUCAUUUCAAUGACUCUUGCAAUCGGCUCAACAUUUUUAUUAGACGAAUUCAAUAGCAAUUUCGUUUACUUUAUUCCAGCAUUUUCCUUACUUCAACCUCUAUGAGCCAAAAUCAUUUUUAUAAAAAAUGUUUUAUAGAAAAUAUAAUAAUAUAAAUAGCGAUAAAUAUAAAGCCAAUUCUAUUAAAUUUAAACAAUUCCAUUAUAAAACUUAAAUUUAUAAAAUUAAAUUACAUUUUUACUUGCAAUAUUUCAGUUAGAGGUAUUUUUAAACCUCUAAAAAAAUGAAAAUAAGAUUUAUAAGUUAUUUUUAAAAAAUAAACUACGGAAAAGAAGUUAGGAGGCUUGAUUGGGCUUACCCUUGCCUUAAAAGUUGAAAUGAUUAUGAUGCCUCAGAUGGUCGCAGCUUUGCACAGCUUUGUUGGUAUUGCCGCAACCCUUGUCGGGUAUUCUAAAUACCUCCAUGAGAAUGAGUUAAACGAAGCCAUGGGGAUUAGAUUAGAUUAGAUUAACGCUAGGUAUUUAAGGUCCCUACUACGUCCGAGGAAGCAUUCUACGGUUUCCGUAUGGUGGCAGAGCGUUCACCAAGCCUGGGCCGAAACCCCCGGUUUCUCGGUAGAGGUAAUGUCAAGGGCCGUCUCAUACCGGCCUUGCUGACCGCCUCCAUUUCCAACUUGGAUCGUCGCCUAAGUUUACGCCAACACUGCCGCGCCGUCCGCCAGAUCUACCCAUUGAAGGGCACCUUUUAAACUGGAGAGACCCCCGUUUAGUUGUCUAACUCGCCUUCUCCUCUUUUCCGGUCAUCCCGAGAAAGAACUCAACAGCUUUCGUCAUUCGGGGCGAGCCACAAAAGCAGCUUAGGCAAGUAAGUCGCCCUGCCUCAUUCGGGCACUCACUGGGCUGAGCGCUGCUGGCAAAAAGAAGUCACGAGUAACUGCCCAUGGGUCUGAUCACAAAAAACAGCGGCUUUUGCGCUUAGGCCUCUCGCUUCGAGGUCCCAGACGUUGUUGGGCUAACUCCUGGCUCCAAAAAUCAUGCCCGGAUAUACAUGGGUAACCACCACUGAGAGGUGGGUCGGUCGCCGUCCGCCAUUUUGUGUAUAUAAGCCAUGGGGAUAAUCGAGAAAUCCGAGACUUUUGUCGGCGUUUUUAUGGGAGCUAUUACUUUUACUGGCUCAGUAGUCGCUUUUGCAAAACUCCAAGGACUGAUCAGCGGAAUCCCAUUACUGAUAUGUGGGAGAGGUAGACAUAUGCUAAAUAUCGUGUCCCUGAUUCUUAUUUUCGGGCUUGGAUAUUUAUUCCUUUUCGCUGAAGACGAAACAUUGGCUUUUCAAUCUUUGAUGGCAAUGACAGGAAUUUCGUUCUUUGUAGGCUGGCAUCUUGUUAUGGCUAUUGGAGGUGCAGAUAUGCCAGUUGUUGUAUCAAUGCUGAACUCUUAUUCAGGUUGGACUACUUCCGCCUCUGGAUUUUUGCUUCAAAACAACUUGUUAAUUAUCACAGGAGCUUUGGUCGGCUCUUCUGGUGCCAUUCUUAGCUAUAUUAUGUGCAGAGCCAUGAAUAGGUCAUUCUUCAGUGUGAUUAUGGGAGGCUUUGGACAAGGAACAACGAUGGGUCCAGUUAACAUUGGAGAUGGUGUUCAAACACCUAUAAAGUGCCAAGAUUUUGUUGCAGAACUGGUCAAAGCAAAAAGUGUUGUAAUUGUCCCUGGCUAUGGAAUGGCAGUUGCUAGAGCUCAGCAUGACGUCGGGGAACUUGCUGACGUUUUAAGAAAAAUGGGCAAGGAAGUUCACUUUUGUAUCCACCCUGUCGCAGGAAGACUUCCUGGACAUAUGAAUGUGCUUUUAGCAGAAGCAAACGUUCCUUAUAACAUCGUUAUGGAGAUGUCAGAAAUCAAUAAAGAUUUUCCACAUACCGAUAUUUCUAUGAUUAUUGGAGCUAAUGAUAUCGUCAACCCAGACGCUCAAGAAAACCCGAAUUCCCCAAUUGCUGGGAUGCCUGUAUGCGAGGUAUGGAAAAGCAAAAUGGUCUGUGUCUUCAAAAGAGGAUCAGGAACAGGAUACGCUGGCAUAGAGAAUCCACUAUUUGUGAAGCCAAAUACCAGAAUGUUCUUUGGAAGUGCUGAUAAAUCUAUCAAAGAUAUUUUAGGAGAAUUAAAAGGAAAAGCUGGAGAUAACGGCCCAGCUGUAAAAGAGGUUAAAAAAGAAGAAGUCGUUGAGUCUGAAGCUGACGAUGGUGUAUAUCCAGAUCCUCAAAUGAUUAUUGGAGUUCCUAAAGAAGUGCUUCAAGGAGAGCGCAGAGUCGCUAUAACUCCAAAAAUGGUCAGAAAGUUCAGAAAAUCAGGUUUUGAAGUCAUCAUCGAAAAAGGAGCAGGAGAAGCUGCCGGAUUUUGGGACUCAGAAUACGAAAAGUAUGGAGCUAAAAUUAACAGGACUGACAGAGUAUGGAGAAAAGCUGAUAUCAUCUUAAAGGUAAGAAAACCUUCUUUUAAUGCAGAACUCAACCAAAAUGAGCAAGACUUGCUUGAAAACGUAAAAUUGCUUGUCUGCUAUGUAUACCCAGCACAAGAUCUUUCAUAUGUAGAUAACCUAGCUAAAAGAUACCCAAAACUCACCAUAGCAGCUAUGGAUUGUGUACCUAGAAUUACACGUGCUCAGAAAUUAGACUCUUUAAGCUCUAUGGCCAAUGUUGCAGGUUACAGAGCUGUCGUAGAGGCGUUCAAUAUUUUCCAAAAAUGCCCUAAGGCUCAAAUAACAGCUGCUGGAAAAUUGCCGCCUGCAAAAGUUUUUAUCAUUGGAUGUGGAGUUGCAGGUCUUGCUGCUAUUGGCUACUGCAGAAACUUUGGCUGCAUUGUAAAAGCUUUCGACACCAGAUCUGCUGCAAGAGAACAAGCCGAAAGUUUAGGUGCAGAAUUCGUAGAAGUUCAGCUUAAAGAAGAAGGACAAGGUGUAGGAGGUUACGCCAAAGAAAUGAGUGACGAAUUUAAAAGAGCCCAGGAUCAGCUAACUAAAGAUAUUGCCAGAGUCAGCGAUAUAGUAAUUACCACUGCUUUAAUUCCUGGAAAGCCAGCUCCAAAACUGAUUAAAGAAGAAGUGGUCAGAGUGAUGAGACCAGGCAGCGUUAUUGUUGAUAUGGCUGCCGAAAUGGGCGGAAACUGCGAACUGACUGAGCCUGGAAAUGCUAUUACAGAUCCACAAAGCGGAGUAGUUAUUAUCGGAUACACUGAUUUAGUAUCAAGAAUGGCUCCACAAAGCUCAGAACUAUUUGCUAAUAAUUUAUGGCAUUUGCUUGAUGAACUAGGAGGAGCUAGCAAGUUCCAUAUUAACAUGAAGGACGAAAUUGUAAACAAUAUGGUUGUUGCGAAUGCUGGAGAAGUCACAUGGAUUCCUUUAGACAAAAGACCACCACCUCCACCUCCUCAAGCAAAACCAGCAGCCGCACCUCAGGCAGCUCCAGUUUUCCAUGCAGCUCAGCCUCUUGAAGACGCUUCCCAUAAAUCCUUUAUCCAAGAAUACAGCUGGCUUUUGAAUAUUGCAUUGCUGGCUACUGUAUUUUUGUCAAUUGGCUACUCAGCUGAUGUAGAAUUUUUAGGCUUCUUUUUGAUAUUCAUUUUGGCAAUUGUCAUUGGAUAUAUGGUUAUUUGGAACGUCACCCCAGCAUUGCAUACUCCUCUUAUGAGUGUUACGAACGCUAUAUCAGGAAUUAUUGUAAUUGGAGCCAUGCUUGAGCUGACUCCUGCAUCUGAUUAAAUUAUUAGAUUAAUUAGUUUUAGCGGGUCAUGGAGGUUUAUUUCAGCCUCUACCCAGCGCUGCCAGCUUCAGGCUUGCGCCCUAAGCACCGGCUCUGUAGCUUACUCCAUUUUCUGUCGACGUCACCAAAAAAUGGUGACGUCGCCAUCUGACAGGGAGACUCACCCAGGUACUCCUUUGAUCAGGGUCUAGUGACCCGGCGCCGUCCUUUCUGGGGAGGGGGAAAAGUAGCCUUCCGGAGUCUUCUUCAGGUCCCCAAGCUCCACUACAAGCUUCCUCACUUCCUUCUAGUCCUGAAGUGUGACUCCUGAUUCUGCGGCUCUGGUCUUCUCAUCUUUGUGAGAGGUAAAAAACCUGUCGUGGUGUCCCGACCAAGGUAAAAAAACCCACCCUGGACACAAUAUUCAGGCCCCGUUUACUUCUUAAACCCGUAAUCCCUGAGGGUACAGGAGAAGGACGGGUCGGAUGGCUCGCCAUUUUAAUUGUGUAACCUGCAUCUGAAGAUGUCAAGUUUGAUGAAGGAAGCGCUCUUGGGUUCACCAGCCUCUUCUUCGCCAGUAUAAAUGUGGUCGGUGGAUUUGUGGUGACCUAUAGAAUGCUGGAAAUGUUUAGGAAAAAAUAA